CAAGUCAUUUCUCGAUCCGCCGCCACCACCGCAAAAGAGAAGAGAUUGCUCUGCCCUUCGAUCUUCCCAUCGAACGCCUAGCGCCAUUCACCCGACUGCGCCUCCAGGAUGAAGUUCCACGACAAGGAGGUGCUCAAUGACACGUGGACGCAGUUCCUGGCGCUAUGCCUGCUGCUGAUGCUGGCCGUCGACUCGCUCAACCCCAUCAAGGCCGUGAGCAAGUUCCUAGGCCUACCGUCCUACUACUGGGGCGUUCUGGCCGUGGGCAUGAUGCUCGGUCUGCUGUUCCACAACGCAGCCGACGUCAUCUACCGCUCCACACGCGUCUUCCUCAACAGUAUCCUCAGUAUCUCAUUCAAGAGUGUGGAUCUCAUCGGGCUGGACAAUGUCCCCACCGAGGGUCCAGUUAUCUUCACUGGCAACCACGCGAACCAGUUCGUCGACGGUCUUGUGGUCAUGAUGACCAGUCCUCGUAAAGUGGGCUUCAUGAUUGCAGAAAAGUCGUGGCACUUGCCUGUUGUGGGCCACUUGGCUCGUAUUAUGGGUUGCAUCCCGGUGGUGCGUCCUCAGGACUCCGUGGCCACUGGUGUUGGCAAGAUUAAGCUCGUUAGUGACGAAGCCGUGACUCCUGCGAGCUCGUCCAGCGGCGGUGCCAGCAGUGGCAAACCUCAAUGGCUAGUACAGGGUGACGGUACCAGCUUCACUAAGCAGGUGACGCCCGGUGAUCAGAUCCGCUUCCAAGGAAAGAGCGUCAAGGACUCUGGCUCGCCAGUGAAGAUCGUGCAGGUGCUGGACGACUCGCAGUUGCUACUGAACGCGCCGUUGAAGGACGGCAAAGGCAAAUUGGUGCUGGAGAACACCCCGUUUGGCAUUCUGAAGCGCGUGGACCAAUCAGUGACGUUUGCCAAGGUGUACACGCACUUGAAGCGUGGAAACUGCAUCGGUAUCUUCCCUGAAGGAGGCUCACACGACCGUACGGACCUGUUACCGCUUAAAGCUGGUGUUGCCAUCAUGGCUCUUGGAGUUAAAGACAAGUACAACAUCAACGUGCCUGUGGUGCCUGUGGGGUUGAACUACUUCCGUGGCCAUCGCUUCCGUGGGCGUGUGACUGUGGAGUUCGGUACUCCGAUUACUGUGGACCAAACGCUGAUGGCCAAGUACCAGGAAGACAAACGUACAGCUUGCAACACGUUCCUGCAUCGUGUGGAGGAGAGUAUGCGCUCCGUGAUCGUGACUACGCCCAGCUACGGCGUCAUGCAGGAAGUGCUGACUGCGCGUCGUCUGUUCCAGCGCUCUGGUGUGCGUUUGUCGGCCAAGGAGACACAGGAUCUGAAUCGCCGCUUUGCUGAAGGCUACAAGGUGCUGCAGGAUGUGCCAGAAGCGCAGGAAGAUCUCGUGGCUCUGCAACACAAGCUGGAUAACUACUACAAGACGCUGCAGAAGAUGGGACUCAAGGAUCACCAGGUGCCUUACAUCCCGUGGUGGACCAUUCACGACGUGUUGGGCUCAGCACUGUACGGCACGCUGAUCCUUCUGCUAUCUUCUAUCCCUUCGUUCAUUCUGAAUGCGCCUGUGGGGAUUCUAGCUCGUUAUGUGGCCAACUCGGCGCAGAAGAAGGCGCUUGAAGGCUCCAAGGUCAAGGUGAUGGCUCGCGACGUCAUUCUCAGCAAGAAGAUCCAAUUCUCGAUCGUGGCCGUGCCGGUGUUGUGGUUCAUUUACUUUAUGGCGGCUGUGGUCUUCACGGACUGGUACUGGUCGUCCAUUAUGCUGCUCAUGGUGUCGUUUCCGCUCUUCUCAUUCUUCGGCGUACGCUCUGUGGAGGCUGGAAUGAUCGAGCUGAAGACUGUCCGUCCGCUGUUCUACCGUCUUCUACCGACGUACAAGGCCACUCAGGAUGAGUUGCCGCGUCAGCGUGCUGAGUUACAGAAGGAAGUGCGCGAGUUCGUGAAGAAAUACUCGCCGUAUCUGGGCAAACUGGCCGAGCCGAAGAAGCUUGACUGGAGCGAGUACAUGCACGAACGUUCGUUGGUGGUGGCUGAGAAGACCAAACAGGCCGAGUCGAUUCCGUCUCCUCCUCCGGCCCAUGAUGACAACGAGGAGCCCCGUGAGCGCGAAGCUGAAGACGACAUUGGCUCUCCCGUGCCGACUAUCACCAAAUUCCACGACAUUAGUAUUCUGGGCAAGUCGGAGAACUCGGUGUUAGACUUGGCAGGUCUCGAACGCUCCAUGUCUUGUCCACCGGGAUAUCAAGAGUUAGCGGAGGAGAUAGCCAAGCAGCGUCAAGGAUCUGUUUAGACUGUUGAAUCAAGAAGAAAAUGUGCCACCGUGACCUGGUUACUCGCUACGAUGGCAAGACAGUCAUAAAAUUCAUGAAGCGAUACAUAUUCAUUCACUUGUUCCUCUUCUCUAACUCAUGUAACACUAGACGUCACUUACUUGUGGAAGAUGGAGCCACGACGCAGAGCGUUCACGGCUUCCUCGCGGUCCUUGUCGCUCAGCAGGUUGAGCACCUCGAGGAUACCGGCGACGGCGGCCUUGGGGUCCUUGCGGCCGAUCUCGACAACCUGCGAGGCCAUCUGCUCCUGGCGCAGCUCAGCCACGCGCGAGGCGAUCCACUCCUUGUCGCUCGACAGCCACAGCAACACGUCCGAGUCGCCGUGCGACCACAGCUCGUCCACCGACACGUUCUGUUGGCGCGGCACACGGCCGCCGUUCACCGCCUCCGUGAACCAGCCCUUAAGCACCAGUUCAGAGCCCACGAACGUUGUAGCGCGCGGGCCGCCGGCGCUGGCAGCCACCACCUGGCGACGCAGCGAGAACUCGGCGAGCUGACGCUUGAGACGCCAGUAGAAGAACUUGCGCGAGUUCGACCAGGGCACAACCUGACGGAUGCAACCCACGGCCUUCAUACGGCCGGGCGUGUCGUGACGGUCACCAAACUCCGUGGCCACCUGCACGUAGAUCGGUAGGAGAGUCUCCUCACGGGUCUUGAUCUCAGCCGAAAUCUUGGCUCCCUCGGUCUCCUUCUGCUCAGGCGACAGCUCAGCCAGACGAGCGGUGAGCUGCUUGAGCUUGUCGUCCAAGCGAUGCAUGGUCUGCAAGAGCUGCUUCUUGCGG